GAAGCGGCGCUCGGCGGCGGCAACAACACGCGUGCGCACUGCCUGCCGCAUUACGUCAGCGUCAGCUGUCAGCCGCCGCCGCCGCCUCAGCGGAUGGGGCAGGAGGCCGGCUGCGAGUUCCGGGGCGUGUGCAUGAAGGGAGGCGGGUUCCUCGGAGGACGCUGGCCGGCUGCGAGCGAGCGAGCGAGGGAGAGCGAGAGCGAGCGACCCAGGCUGCGACCGCUAUUCCCCCUCUCCCAACACUGCCGGUACGCUGAGGGACGCCGGGCGAGGCCCACCCGCCACCUGCAAGGCGCUGCUCCUCCCUCCCCGCCUCGCCCUUGGACUUUGAAGCUCUCUGACCUUGGGCAAAUCAUCACUUCUCAGCCCAUUCUCUCCUACUGCUAUUGUGAGGAUAAAAGAGUCAAGUAAUGUUAAAGGACAAUAUCUCAUGGAAGGGCUAUAGCUAAUGGAAGAGAAAAGUCAUAUCAGGACAUCAUUGGUUUCCAGGUUACCAAAGUAUGGAACAAAACCUGCUGGAAAUAUGCUACAGACCAUCCCAAAUGGGACAGCUGUUAAUUUAUCAGGGAAUACUCGGAGCGUUGACAAAAAGUUUGGCAAGCACAAUGGCACUAUUCGUAUGUCUUCCUUCUCUUUUAACUGGCGAAAAUCAAAUAAAUACCAACUGGGUGAUCAGGUCAGCAGUGAAUCUGACUCUAGUCAUAAUUCCAAUGAAAGGCUGACAGAUUCUGAAAAGUGCCCUCAGUCUGAAGGAGCAGUUGGUAAAGAAGUGCUCAGGGUGGGUUCAAGCAACACCUUGUCAAAACUAGCUAAGCAAAACAGCAUGUUUGUGUCACCUACCGAAGAAUUAAACCAAAAGGCUUUGCCUGGGCUGUCUAGUUCUGCUAAGUACAGUAAAAGUUCCUUGUUAGGCAGAACUUCAUUUUCUGGACUUCAUGCUCCAAAAUCACACUUGAAUGGAAUUUGUGGGAACCGUUCAACUAUAGGCUUGCAGAGGAAUAGAGGUAAUUCUACUGCCACCAGGAGCAGCUCAGGGGAGAGUCUGGCAAAAUUGACUGACAAUGAUAAAUCUUGUGAAAAAAUGGUUAGGUCACAAAGCUUUUCACAUUCCAUUCAAAGCUCUAUCUUGCCCCCUGCAACCCUAACUAGGUCACACUCUUUUAACAGAGCUGUGGAUCUUACAAGGCCUUAUCAAAACCAACACUUAACUAUUAGAGCAUCUCAGAGGUCAAAUCUAUUAUCAAGAAGUGCACGGCAGUUGGAUAUGCCCAAUGGCAACGAACCAUUAAGAUAUGGGUUUUCUAGAUCAUAUGCUGCUUUAGCUCCCCCUGGUUUGAAAAAACAACCACUAUCCAAUGGCUCUGGGGAUGCACCUUCUCUCAGAUUUAGAACAGCCCGUCCAUCUUUAUUGAAGCCUAGCAACCAACAUUUGGGGAGAAAGAUCCCUGUGGAUGGCAGCACAAGUAAAGAUACCGAAAACUGCACAGAGGAGGACUUGAUUUCAACAAAUAGCAGUGGAGGAGUUGAUGCAAAAGGAAUGCCAAACAGUGAAAGAACUGAAGAUGGAGAAACUGUACAUAAUAAUGUAGAUAAAAUUAUUAGCAUGGAUGGCGAUGUUGAUGAAAUAUCUAUAUCUUCCUUGUCCUCUUCUGAGAAAAAUGAUCUGAGCGAAGACUUUAGUGAUGACUUCAUAGAUCUAGAAGAUCCCAACCGACCAAUAACAAUUCAAGAAGAAGUGGUUUCUGUUCAAGAGCUGGAGCAUGGCAAUGGAAUACCGCUAGAUCAGAUUUUGUCUCUUAAGAAAAGUGAAAGAUCCAACUGUAAUUCUGAUGAAUGGCUGAAUAUACGUGUGUCUGUAGAUGACAAGAGUGAAAGUGCAAAACAUCCUGCUGGGAGCAAUGUGAUUUCCUCUGACAUGGACUACAGAGCUGGCUCUUCCUUUGAGCUUUCUCCAUCUGAUAGCUCCGAUGGAACCUAUAUGUGGGAUGAAGAAGGGUUGGAGCCCAUUGGAAGUGUCCAUCCAUGUGGAAGUUAUGAUUCUUCAGAAAUGAAUAGUAUAGAUAUUUUGAAUAAUCUUGAUUCAUGCGAUCUUGAAGAUGAUGAUCUUAUGCUCGAUGUUGACUUACCUGAAGACGCACCCUGUGAUAAUGUGGAUUGUGAAAAUAUGAAUCGUUAUGAGCGGCCAGAAAGAAAUAUUCGACAGCAGAAGGAGGGGUUGUGGAAGAGGACACCACAACGAUGGAAUGCCCAAGACCAUUAUCAUCUUGGUCAUACUGACCAUUGUUCCCAUAGUAGAAAUGAUCUGAACAGGAGCUGCAACUAUUUUGACUCUCCUCCUGUCGGUCACCUUGAAGGAUAUGGAGCACCAAGCUUGUACCCACCUCUGAGAAGUUUGCCGGCAAACACUGUGAUGCUGGAUGAAAUGACCCUUCGGCAUAUGGUUCAAGACUGCACAUCUGUGAAAACUCAGUUAUUAAAAUUGAAAAGAAUAUUUAAUCAGAAUGAUGAAAAUGUGUCACUCCACAACAUCACAUUUUCACUUCCUUCAAGCCCAGAACUGCAGGAGCCUGAACCAGUUUAUAAGACUGAUGAUUUGCUGAAUGAGAUCACACAGCUUAAAGAAGAUUUAAAGAAAAAGGAUGAAACAAUCAAACAACUAGAGCAUCGGCUUUCUGUUAGGUGUGUCUGCGACAGAGACAGCAAGAUAUCUGAACAGCCUGCGUGCACAUAUGCUGACAAAUACACACAGACCUCCUGGAGGAAAAGUGCUGGUGGGUAUUCUGCUCCUUCCUUCUCUCCCUGGCAGGGCUCAUUCCAGGGCAUCCCUCGGACUGUUCCACCGCAACGCAGACAGACACCCUGCGACAACUCAUGUAGAACCAGCCUUCACAGGAUGCUGCUAUAUUGUGGCAGGCCUCAAGUAUUACAGCCUUCCAGCCACCUUCCCAGUUUCACAGACCUCGCCCAGGGAAAAUUAAUAAAAACAUCACUCAUCGGGGCCCACAAUGAACCAACAGAAGACCAAAAGAAAAGUGCUGGCCAUGAAACUCAAAAUGCUGCAGAUGGCUCCUUCACCAAUCGCCUAAAUGAACUGAGCACUUUAAAUACACAGUUAAAUGUAAGAAAGUCAGAGGAGAAUGCACAUUCCACCAAGAAUGUAAAAGUUAGAGAGAAACCUAAAGAACUGUCUGGUAGAAAAUUUAAUACACUACAUUCGCAUCCCUCUUCUCACUCAUCUUCCCAAGUAAAUGCUCAAGAAGUGCAGACCAAAUUAGUUCUCAAAAACAAUUGCUCACGGACAAACCAGGCUUCAGCGCCAAAGAGUUCAAGAGCCACCAAGACUCCUAAGCAGAAUGCUUUAGUGCCUCCUCCAGUAACGGUUGCAGCAGCACCUGCAGAUGGCUCUUCUGCUUCAAAGGAGCCUGAACAGCUGCCGCCAAGCCACCCAACACAACUGCAGCUGGCAUCCAGUCAGUCUGAUCAGAGUCAUAAGAGCCAGAAAAUCUCAAAGCUUCGUCCUCCAACGAUUUCCUUUAGGCCCAAGCAAACGACAAAUCCAAAAAUCAUGAUGCCUCCUGAAUCUCAGAAUACCUGGUCCAAGACAAACCACUCAAGGCAACUAAUACAAGCAAAAGAAAAUAUGCAGAAUCAAGAUUCAAACAUUCAUUCUGGUGACUGUGUGGCUCCUAAUCGGCAUUCCCGCCUCCCUAAACCAAAGACAUAAUUGAAAUCAUGACUUGCAUAUGAACAUCUCAGUGUCCUGUAUUGUAAAGCUGCUUACUCUCACCCUUUCUUGUCUCAGUCAAGAAUCUUCAUCAAAAGCAUGCAUGCACUGAAUGCUUCUGUUCUUUUGGUACUUAACUGUUAUAGUCUAAUCUCCCUUGAUUUUGUGCCAUUUAGAAGUCUGUGCUAUCCAUUGAUUGCAUUGCCCAUUUGUCCCCUUUUAAGAUUGUUUGGCUUAAUACUAAAGUUUGAAAUGGCUACUGGUUGCUAAGAGUAAUGCACCAUUUGUUUGAGGAGGACAGGCUGCUUGCUGGAAAUCCAACCCUUAGUAGUUUGGACCACUGAAUGUUAGUUGGUUAUGGAUACACGUUUGGCUCUGACAUCAACUAUAAGUGAUAAAUUAGUUUUUUAUCUUCAAUCUCAGCCAUAAUUCUGACUCUGUAUCUCAGAGACCUAUGCAAAAUGCUCCUAUUUAUUACAACAGUGAACCCAAGACUGUCUAAAUGAUGUAUAUUUGGUGUUGAAUUGGGGUUUUAAUUUUAUGCCAGGAGGAUCCCAAAUUGCUGUAGUUACUUUUUGAAUUUAUAUUUCACUGUUCACAAGCGGCAAACAAAAUUUCACAGGGUGAAAUGGAUAUUAGUUAAAUUUUAAACAUUAAUCCACCCAAAACCUUUUCAUGCAGAUAGUUGUAAAAUGGUAUGUGCUGUGACCCUGGGAAUAAUGACUCCGUGACACCUGUGUUGUGGAUUUUCGCAACAUAACUUUCAUGUUAAGAUUUAACUUAAUUGUAACAUUAUUUAUUAAUUUAUGUUGCUGUUGCAAGUCUUAUGAACCCAACUUGAAAUGUUUGCACAAACCUUUGCCAUAAAUGUAGGGAUUUGAAAAUUAUUUUUCAUAAUAAAAGGUUGUUUUUUAAAAAAAUAUUUUUAAAAUACACAGACACACUUUGGGAAAUCUUGUGGAGUCAUAAGAACAGAACUGGUAGUCUUUCAGAGAUUAAUAAUAUUGCAUUUGUGGCUAGUUCCUAGGUAUUGAAUGAAGGAUGGAAAAUGACUGGUAAGGGAGAAAAAACUAUUAAAUACUCUGUAUGAAGAUGGUUGUAGUUUAAAUAUUUAUGGCGCAAUGAAGUGUAAAGAUAUACCUGUAACUUACAUUAGCAAAUAUGCAAUAAAAUGCUCUUAUGAGAAACACUGCACACCCCAAAACCAAAUAUGUAGUAGGUUAACUCCAUCUAAGUCUUACUCGAAUGCCAACCAGAGAACAACGGUUAGAAGGUAGCCUUUUUAGAUGCUGCCCUUUGUACUGUUAAAUGAAGCAGGUGUGAGUACAUUACAGUAGUAGGUUUGAAUCCUUUGUUGAAUGCUGUCUCAAACAUUGAUACUUCAUAAAUGAAACGAGAGCAUUUGCAGCUUGGACUUCCUUUAAUCCAAGAAUAUAUGCCUCCCUCCGAAGGGAUGUUGAAGACGCUUCCAUAAAUCAAACAUGGUUCAUUAGUCAUAAGACUGACCAAGAAUAUCCUCUUAGGUUAACUCUAUCUAUGCACCUUAAACCUGUAAGAGCAUAUGUUUGUGGUUGCUGUCCUCAACUAGGGAAUACUCUCAUCCGCCCAAGAAUUGUCAACAGCAGGAAACAUUUUCAAGAUGGAUGCAAAGCUGGUCGAUAGGAACUGCAGGGUUGUGAAUUUUGCCUCCCAGCACCAUACAUUUUGGUGAUAACUAAUAGGGAAGCCCUAUUAUUGUAGGCUCCCAACGCAAUUUAGAACCCUCUAAAUUGCUUGAAGGCAGCACAUGGGUCUACAUGAUUCCGAAGAAGUUAUCCUUCAAUAUGUGAAGGGUCAGAAUGAGGCCCGCACCCCCUGUAUAACCCUUUUGCAUGAGUAAUGCAUUAAAAGGGCUAAAGUACAACUAACUUCCUAAAGCAACACAACUUUUUUAAACGUCAGUUGCCUUUUUGUGACCAGGGAUAGGGUAAUACGAGGUCCUAAAAUUUAAAUUGUACAAUGGUUUUCUCAAACCUUGAAAUGGAUUAUAACUCAAAUUCUCACACUAUUCUGUUUAAUUAAGGCAGACUAAACGCUUCCUUUUAUAUUCCAUCUGUCCAAAUAGUUUGAUUAAAUGGUUACUUAGUAGAUGUGAUGCUCACAGUAGAUAUUUUAGCAUUUACAGUGGCACAGCAGUUUGUGUUACAAAAGUGUUCCUUUCUGGUUGGAGUCAAGGUGCAAUUACAGCAUACUCUUUGUAAAACAAAUAUAGCAUGAUCCCAUAUUGACAUUUACAGCUGGUACUCAAUGGUUUUCCAAUAUUCAAACAUUACUGGAGCAAAAGUUAUUGAUGCAUCUUCUUGCCCCUUUAGAUAAAUUCAGACAUCUUGUUGAAGAAAAGAGACCAGCUGUCUUUGGUAAAUGAAGUUUUAGGAAUAAUUUGAUUAUAUCUUAUCAUUCUAUAUCUACCCUUAUUAAGUCAAUUUCAGUCCAGCUACAAAAAAAUAAUUUGCCAACCCACCAACAUGUAUAAUGAGCAGUCUGACAAUUUGCUCUUCUGGAAAGGAAUUAUCACUUGCCCAGGGCAACUACUCUAAAAGCUGUUUUCAGUUAUUAAAGACCUUGCAUCACAUUUUAAAGCUUGGACUUUUACAGAUUUCCUUGGAUAUAAAUUAGAAAUAAAUUAUUUAUUUUUUAAAAUUAAUAUUACUAAAAUAACUGUAUUCCUCAGAGCACUUAAUGGAAAGUUAGCGCUAGAGAUGGUCUUGGUUCUAUUUCUUAGAUUGCUAAAAUAUAGUACCUAAUGAAAAUGAAGUAUUUUCCAAAUAUAAUUUUAAGAUUGCAUGCCCCAUUUAAAAAAAAAAUGUCUGGCAAUUUAGAAAGAAUGCUGAGGAUAGCGGAUCGAUUACAUGUAAGGUUUAGAUGGAUAAUCUAAAUUGAUUGUGCUGCCAGCACAUGCAAACUUUGGGGUGGGCUGAGUUUGCCACUGUCGCUAGAAAAAUUGAGUUGCCACACUGCCAAAGGCAAUUAUCUGACAGAGGAAGCUUAGCUAGGGGCUUUCACCAUCAUGCAUUUGUCAAUCUCUAAACUGGAUAUGUAAUCUUUCCCCAAGUAUGACUAUAUCAAAGAAAGUUACAAAGUAUGUUGAGAAAGUUCAGAGUGUGAGACAAAGCUCUUUUAGGUGAUGAGAGGGAAAACUGAAGGCUCAUGGUGGUUUGGAGAAAGUACUAUUUGGAGUGCCAGGCCUGUAGUGGGACUCUAAUAGUUAUAUAUUUCAAUAAAUAUUAAUACUUAAGGGGAAGAAAUGCCAUUAGUACCAAUAGAGAUGAUUAUUCUAAAUGCAGAUAUUUAAAAAUUUGGAUUUUGUUUAGGUUUUUAAACAUGUGCAUUCUACCUUUCUGGAUCCUCCUACGUUAUGCAAUAAUUCCUAAAGUGUUAAACAGCUCCUCAAAACGUAUAUAUAUUGAAGAUAUCUAUCUUUUAACAAUAGCUGUAAAAGCGAAACAAAACUAAUUUUGCACUUUAUAAACUAUGAGCUCCGUUGCUUGGAGUUGUGCCUAAAUUUAAUCUAAAUGCCUGUGGUUGAGUUAGUGAAAUAGUUUUUCAUUAUGCAUUGGAAUUAGAGUUUGGGCUUUUAAAACAAUGGCAGCUUUCCAUGGAUGAUGCAGCUUACAAAUGCCGCCAGCCUCUUCCAUUCCCUGCCACCUGUUCAUUAUUAUCUCCAAAUGUUCACUGUAUCAUUGUGCGUUACUGCAAGGUAUUGUCCCCCAAAUGCUUGUCUCACUAAGCAUCCACUUAUUUAAUACCUAGCAUUUGCAUACUUUCGCUGAAAAAUUGGGAGCAAUUUCUUUUGAAGGAGAGGCCCCUGGAGACACCAGAACAGAGGCUUAAAUACUCCACUUUGUUCUUCAAGUUUUAUACGGUUCGAUAUGAUUUUUGAUCUAUUAAUGAAACCAUGUGCAAUACUAAGCACCCUCCUCCCCAAAGUUGAGUGAGUCAUUUGUGUAAUCAAUGAGCAUCAAUUCUUUCAAGUGGUUCUCAGACAAACAUAUAACAUGAACUCCCACUCCAGCUAUGGUGAAGUUCAAGUUGACUGCACAGAAAUCAAUCCUCGGUCUCAAAUGCUGGGGUUUUUUUUGUUGCUGUUCUAAUGCGGCAUACGUAAAUAGAAUGGCAUUUGUGAUUUCUUUUGUUCCUUGCAUGUCAAUACAUGUGCAUUCAUGAAACCUUUCAUAUACUGGUAGAGUAAUACGUCUGCGGAUGAAACAUAAUUACUUUUUUUUUGCAUAACUAUCUGCAUUUUUGCUAGGCACGCCUUCUUAUACCAUUAAAAUGGAUAUUGGUUUUGGAAUGGGGUUUCCAUUUUGUCUUUGUUUUCACCUGGUUGCAAUGAUUCUCUGACCACCAUGGGCACAAUUCAGGCAAAGCUAAGCACUUUUAAGGCCUGUUGAUUUCCAUAGGUGAGUUUGGUUUGUGCUUGGCUCUCCCUCAUUGAAAUCAGUGGGACCUGUGUGCUUAAUGCUGGUGAAAUUUGUCCUGCUGAAACGCAAUCAUGGUCGUAGAUCCGGGUUUCAGUCUCUUCUACAACCAUGCUCUCGGAAAACUCCAAAAUAUUUUGAUCACUGCUGUGGUAAAGCUGCUCACUGCCUACAUAAAUGUCAAAAGCACCACAAUAAAUUAAUAUUAACUGCAGUGUUAGUAUAAAAUUUGGUACUAGCUGCAAAAGUACCCUUAAUACAUAGUAUUUCGUUAAAAAAAUAUUAAAGUAAAUACUGUAUAUUGGAACUUGCUUGUAAAGAUGAUUUAAAAACUUGUAUGUAAAGACUUUCCUCAGUGUUGCUUUAGUGAAUAAAAUUCAUAAUUCUGAA